UUUUUUCCCUUAACUUGAAUUAUGCUUACACAGGUACGCUCAUCGCUUACAAGAGCUCCAGCAUCAACUACAAUUUGCUUACGAGCAUUGACUCGAAGAUUUUAUAAAACUUCAAAUGUAGAAUCUGACGAUGAUGAUCUUAUAAGCAGUCAUAAAGAAAUUGAAGAAAAAACCUUGCAAAUCCUCCAAAAAACAGUUAACAAGGAUAAAUAUAAACCUAUUGCUGAAUCAUCUCAACGUUUUCAGAAGAACUUUCGUGCAGGUGAUACCUAUCAUCCGGAUGAUUUAAAUGAUAGUCGUUAUCAGGAGCAGUUGCGUCAACGUCGUACUAAAGUAAUAACACCAGCUGAAGAUCCAUUUGAAGUGUUAGGUUUAGAUCCUUUAGUUGAAUAUAAGAAUUAUAGACUUUUGGCAAAUUUUGUGUCGAGCAUGGGCAAGAUUUUACCUCGUGAGCAGACGGGUGUGAGUGCAAAGAAUCAAAGAAAGCUGGCAAAGGCAAUUAAGCGUGCGAGAGCGAUGGGAUUGAUGUCAAGUACAAAUAAUCGAUAUGACUUUCAAGUUUAAU